AUGCUCCCGAAGAAGAAAAAGAAGGAAGCACGGGAACCCUCUGCCAAAGUCAUCUCUCUGGAUGGCAUCGUUUUGCCGGAAGCUCAUCUGAAGACUCUAGGACUGGGACCAAAAUUCUGCUUCGAGCCAACCCUUGGAUAUCCAGAAAUCUUGGCGGUGGCACGUUCCGUUGCUGAACGGGUACCUGAAGGUGAAAGGGGAAGGUGCGUGGCCGAAGGAGCAGGUGUGGUGACUACGCUCAGUGGAAGCACUGGAAGGAAGUGCAAGUUGAAUUCCUUGGUGGAUUACAUGGGUUCAAGGAGCAUCAGGCCAUUAGUUGCUGACAAGGAAGGGAGUUUCGUUCUCAUGUAUGAGAGGACUUUUUCUGAGAAGGGCAUGCAAGCUGUUCACAAGAACCUCAAGCAGGUUGAAGAAAAACCAAGGGAGGUGAAGAAAAAGGCCGUCGCCUUACUGGAACAACUGAAGCUUGAAGGGUUGGCUGCGGCGGUGCGAGUCUUCGAUCCCAAAGCCUUCUCACAGCUGUCAGCCGGAGUGGUGCAUUCAAAAGCGGAGACACAUCACAGCCCGCUGACCAUCGACUCCGAUGAAGACACUCAGGAUGCACCGGAAAAUUUUGGCCACUGUGGCAGCGAUGAAUAUAUCGAGGGCUCCCUAGACGGAGCAGAUUUCAAUGUCCCGCCCGGGCAACACAAGUGCCCCGUUUGCCUCCGUACGUACGUUAGCCCGGUGCUCUUGGAGAAGCACAAGUGUCCCGGGAAGCCGGAAAAGAGGUACACGUGUCACAUAUGCUUCCGCGAAUUGAACCGGGAAGGCCACCUGGUGGCCCACAUGCGCGUGCACACCGGCGAGAAGCCAUUCAAGUGCACCAUCUGCUCGCGUGCCUUCCGGCAAAAGUCCAACCUGACAGUGCACAUGCGCCAGCACACGACUGGGGGGCAGUUCCAGUGCACCGUGUGCCCUAGGUCCUUCACUAGGAGGGACUAUUUGCAGAUGCACAUUCAGCGCCACCACAUGCUGUAG